AUGGCGGCCUCGGACCAGAGGGAUGUCACCCCCACUGAGCCCUGUUCCUUCUCCUUUCCAGCCCAGACCCUCAGCCUCACUGGUGCCCAGACCACCCAGCUCCUGGUGGAGCCCCCCUGGAGGCCGGCGGUGCUGUGGGACCCGGUGACAUUGACCUGCCAGGGCUCAGGGACUGAUGAUGCCACCACCUGGUACAAGGACGGGCAGCUCUGGGGGCAGGAGAGACACGACCACUUCACUGUCACUGAGAGCGGCACCUAUGAGUGUAACAGACUCAGCACUGGGCGCAGCCCCCCUGUGAGAGUCUUAAAUGCUAGGCUGGUGCUGCAGGUGCCGGCGCGGGAGCUGCUGGAGGGCGAUACGGUGACACUGCGCUGCCGGGGCCGGGAGAACAUGUCGGUCACUGGGGUGCGAUUCUACCAUGGGGACAAGGAGGUGGGGAGGUCCCUCAACGGGACCGAGCUGUCCUUGUCCCCUCUGCAGCUGCACCACAGCGGCCGCUACAGCUGCGGCGGCUGGGUGGACUCCAAGGUGGCACCGUGGGCACUCUCAGCGCCAGUGACAGUGACAGUGCACGAACUCUUCACAGUGCCAGUGCUGGAGGGUCCCACCGAGCCAAAUGUGGGAUCCCCCCUGAAUCUCAGCUGCCUCAGCACCCCCAGCACCCUGCGGCCCCAAGCCCCCCUCCUGCACAUGUUCCACCAUGACAGGCAGGUGGUGGGGGGCCCGCAGGGGUCCCCGCAGCUGGUGGUGCCCGCCGUGGGGGUCUCCCACUCGGGGAAUUACAGCUGCGAGGUGCGGUCCAAGGUGGGGGAGGUGCGGAAGAGCAGCGCCUGGCUCCACGUCAUGGUGCGCAUGCCUGUGGCCAAUGCCACCAUCACCCCCGGUCCCCUGGCACACCAGGUGCAUAUAGGUGACCCCGUGACCCUGCGCUGCUCGGUGCAGGUGGGCUCAGCCCCUGUCACCUUCACCUGGCUGCACAACAGGCAGGAGGUAGCCCAGGGUCCCCUCCUGGAGCUUGGAGCUGUUGAUGUGGGACAUUCAGGCACCUACCAGUGUGUGGCCACCAACCAGCUGGACGGGCACCGAGUGUUCCGGGCACUCAGCCCAGAGCUGGUCCUGUCUGUGACACUGCGGGGACACUGGGCAGUGGCUGCAGGGCUCAGCGGGUCCUUGCUGUUCCUGCUCCUGGCUGUCAUUGGGGGCUGGCACCAGUGGCACCAUCGGGCCCUCAGGAAGCAGCAAGAACGGUGA